UCCGCUGACGGCAGCAAAAGGGAAAGGAACAAUACGCUUUUAAGAGUAACUGUAAGGACAGUUCUUUGCUAGCCGGAGCCGCGAAAAAGAUAACUCGUGGUUGUCGCGGGAUCUAUUCGAGCAUGCUGUAGCGAAAGUAGGACCUCUCGCUGAAUUUUCCAUCUUGGUUUUAAGCUGUUAGGACAUUACCACGGGUCCGUGAAGGGAAGUCUCUCUCGUGGACGGAACUUCUGCCUUAUGACAACUCUGCUGUAAAGAAUAACAACAGAAGCCACCCAGCCAUGAAUUCUAACGCGGGAACCUUCACCAUCAACGUUAACAAGACCAUGAGCUGGAACCCCAUUACGCUUGUAACGCAGGUCCAAGAAUGGGGCGACCCAAGGACACGCGAUUACCCGCUAGUCAUGAACCCCAUGUUCGUCUUCCCACUCAUCAUGUUCUACCUCUACUUUGUGAAAGUUCUCGGCCCACGCUGGAUGAAGGACCGGCAACCAUUCGAGAUAACCAAUCUCAUCCGCUUCUACAACCUCGCGAUGGUGGUACUCAAUGCCAAGUUUUGCUAUAUUGUGCUGUACGAGACGUACUUGCCCAGUGGCCGCUACAAUAUUUGGUGUCAGGGCAUCACCGGCUACAUGGACGAGCGACUGGAAGAACAAUACCGCAACGGCUGGUGGUACAUAGCCGUGCGGUACGCCGACCUUCUGGACACCGUCUUCUUCGUGCUGCGUAAGAAGUUCAACCAGAUUACGCAUCUGCACGUCAUUCACCAUACCAUCGUGGCGGUAAACUGCUGGUUCUGGGUUCUCUACGCCCCCGAAGGUCAACCGGCACUGGGCCUGGCCAUAAACGCGUUCGUGCACGUGGUCAUGUACACGUACUACUUCCUGGCCACCCUGGGACCGUCGGUGCAAAAGUACCUGUGGUGGAAGAAGUAUCUCACAACGCUGCAGAUUGUGCAGUUUGUCAUCUUCCUCGUACACAUGUCGAUUCCCCUGUUUGUAGACUGCGGCUUCCCGCGCCACCUCAUCCACGUGGCGAAUGCGCAGACCGUGCUGGUGCUGAGCUUGUUCGUGAACUUCUACAUCAAGUCGUACAUGCGGGAAAAGGAGAACACAGCCUUGAGAAGGGCAAAGGCAGCGGCAAAGUACGAGGGAACAGCAAGCGGAGACGUUCGGACCGACACGCCAGCGAACACCGUCAACGGCAAAAAAAUUAACUGAAUUUUGGACUGUUUUAAGAGAUUUAGUUUUACAUUAGCACGUACUGCAAGAAAAGAUAGCAGGCGAAAAGGCGAAGGAAGUUGGCAAAGUGUGCCCCAACUUCUUCGAAAAUUAUAGACACCUGCCCGCAUGUCCAGAGCCGCUGUAGGAUAUCACGCGGAGGCUGUGUGGUACUUUUCGAACACUAAGGCUGUUCAACGUGAGCGCAUCAGCUGCCAUUACCGUCCGGUGCUUCGACUUAGUAGUGUCGUGAAGGUCGGGUCUAAGUUUGGGUGAGGAACCAUGUGUGCACUGGGAACUUUUUUUUAAAAGAAAGACGCUAGCCGAACUUGCAUAAGACAGUGUUUCACAUGCUCGCAAGUGCCGGGGAAAUAUUUCACAAACCUAAGAGGAUUCCGAGUACCUUCGGUUUGAAACUCAAACUCGGGGAGAGGUGACAUACCUCUGUAACGUAAAAAAUGGCUGUGGCUUAGGUAAGGUUAAGCCCAGGAUGCGAAGCAUACUAGCCUUUAUUUUAGUUGUUGAACCACUGUUUAGCCUGGUGAACUGCUGUUGCUUGGCUAUAUUUGGUUCGGCUAGACGAAGAAACAACUCAUGCAUUACUUCUUCGCCUUCAAGAGUGGAACGCGACAGCGUUCCCGUCGACCCGCCAAGGGGUGUAAGACAAUGGGCUACAGGGCAGCGACUACGCGCCCCGCAUUGGACGCGGUGAGCGUCGAGCAAAGCAGCGUUCGGCGCGGCAACGAAAUGUGCGCCUGAGCAAGAGACGCACGCCUUAGAAACAGCGCGUUUCUAAGGCAACACCGCAUUCACUAGAGGCGCUUUUGUACCGCUUUGAAGCGUUGUACUCGUGGCUCAGUGGUAGCGUCUCCGUCCCACACUCCGGAGACCCUGGUUCGAUUCCCACCCAGCCCGUCUUGCAAGAGUUGAGCCAAAGCCACUUCUCCUCUGUCGUGACGUCACGGUGUCACGUGAUUUCAUGGUCACCGCCGCGCCUGAGGAGCUGGGUUGAGCCCUCGUAAUAUGCUUCGCAUAAAAUAACACAGAGACAGAAGAGAGCAUAAUAAAAAGUGGCUGCUCGUUCUACUUCGCUCAAUGUGUCAUCACUGCUGUCUCUCUGUCGAUGCCGAUACGCAUCAGAUAUGCAUGAGCAUGGUUAUGGCGCCGGUACACGACGAGCCUCAUGCUUCUCGGCCUCUGCCGAGCAAUGCGAUCCGUCGAGUCUUCGUCCGGGGAGUUAGGCUUAAGAAGAGUCAUGCUGUGCGUGUGUCUAAGCUUCAGCUUCGCGAGAAUAAAGUAAGUUGCAGGGUUUGACGUCUGUUUUAUGUAUUGCUAACAACACGACACCCUUACUUGUUCUCUGACUCACCUCACAGCUGCGCCACUGCGCCACACCUGCAGCUGCGCGGCUGCGUCGACUACACUUACACGCAACAGCGCCGCACUCCAGUCCCCCCUCCGCACUCUUCUCCCCGAAAAAAAGAAAAUAAAACACUUGUCUCCA